AUGGGUGCAUCCUUCAAAGCUGCUUUGAGUAAUGGUAAUUUGCUUCCUGAGGGGGUGGAUCCGAAGGGUUUGGUUCUGAUAAACCCGAUAGUAAAAUCUACUACUGAAGGUCCAGAAGUUCUUCUCAACCCGCAGUAUCAACGGUCAUUGGCUCUGGAUUUGAACAGAGAAGGACUUAAGGAAGAUGGCGAUGUGGCUUUGAUCCCUAAAGAACCGACAAUAGGUGAUCCUUUACAACAUAUGGGACAGAAAGAAGGGUUUGGGAGUUCUGUUCCUACUCUAAACCAUUUGGAUUUCAAGGCUGGAGUUGAUUCUGCAAGUGGGUCUGUUACAAGUGGUAAAAGUAGAAACUCCAGGCAGACGACUACAAGAGGUAGAAAGCUAUGGAGCAAUGCUAGGAAAACUAGUGACGUGCUACCUAAAGCACUUGCUGAGGGAGAAACUGAGAAGGGUCGGGUGGUUAAGAGGAAGAUUGUGGAUGAUGCAGAGGAGGUGCCAAGUUAUGGCAAUAACAUGUCAUGGGCAGGAACUCGUGAGAUUCUGAAGCCGGAUGGAACCAAAGAGAGAGUUUGGAUUCAAUGUCCGUUAGAUCGUGAUUUUGGUAACUCUGAAUGGUUUCGUUUAUUCCCGAGAACCCAAUUUGAAUAUUUGGAGAGACAUGACUCGAUCAUCAGCCUAUUAUUACUAGGAUUCAGACAAAGGUUGCGGUCACUACUGGUAAAUUCUGGUUUGACAAAAGAUGGUGCCGUAAACCAGAGGUUAUUGAAGUAG